AUGUCCUAUGCAUCCUCCCGCUGUCGGGAGGCUCUUUUGCCGCACAUAUUCAGAGCAAUCAGAUGUGCCCCCGCCGUCCACGACUUCCCCUCACGGAAACUUUGGCCAUAUGCUCAAACCUUCUUGCUCUCCGGAAACAAAAUCCUCGACUUCACGUCCACCAUGUACGAAGAUAUCGCAGCGCAAAUUCGCGAGGGGCUCGUUGGGAUGAAGCAGCUCAAGACAUUCAUUGUUGAAAGCAAUGUCAUUAGUGGUCUGUGGUCCGAGCUGCUGGACGCAUUUUCCGUUUUGUCUACUCCAUGUCAUCUUUGCCUCCGAUCUCAUUGGGACCCCCCUUACGCGGAUUACGCGUCACUCAUGCUGGAGCCAAGGAAAGCCGCGCUCCCGUUCAACGAGUUUACUUUCCCCUUUGCAUUCGUCUCCGAUAAAGAAGGGAAUGUUGCCCGAAGAACGCCCGCGACUUGGGUACCUGAGCUCAACAACGUCCGCACCAUACUUGUUGCAGCUCACACCACACUCGAAUCUGUCUGGAUCCCUGGAGAACUUUUUCCUGCGAUGCAAUACACAACUUGGAAUGCUCUCACAGAGUUGUAUCUCUAUGGGCUAUGGCCGGUCUUUGGCAACAAUCCUCCUCUGCUUAUACCGCGAACAGAGUCGAAAUCUCGCUCCACCUCCCCCACAUCGAUACCAAAACACAUUUCUGCUGAUGUUUCCUCGGCCACGGAAAGCCUAGCAGAAAUCUCAACUUCUGUGUCAGUUGAUGCGUCGCGGCUUCCUCUACCGACCGAAACCGAUAGUAUACCUUCUGCGAAAUCUCGCUCCGCUUCCCCCACACUAGUAGCAGAGCGUCUUACAACCGAUAUUUCCUCUGUCGCCGAGAACGAUGCCGCAUCUCCUUCAUUACCUAUUCUGGACACGAAUUCGGCUCGGCAACCUGACGAAUUCGUGCAUUUGCCACCUCCACCGGCAGGCGAGGUGGAAACUGAAUCGCCUACAACCCUCGCCACAGCCACAUCAAUUCGCUCUCCGGUUCUAGUGAUGCUAGAAGCUAUGCCAAAUCUACGUAUUCUGGACAUGAGUAUGGUGCAUCAAGCUGACGAUCCUGAGCCUCCAGGAAUGGUGAUAUGCUCACCAGAUGCCCCGCCAAGCUCCCCUUCUACAUUUCUUCGCCAUCUCAAUACGGCCCAACUCACUUCGGUGUCAAUGCAAGAUCGCACUGUUGAAUUCCUUCCCGCCUCCCUGAAGAGUCUUUCACUCACUCGAACCCCAUAUAUGCUUUCUCCGAACGCCCAUCGGACACCGCAAACGCCAUCUAGUCUGCUGGCCAUGCUCAAGAAGGUCGAUUUUCCCAGUCUUCUGAGUCUUAAAAUCUGGUAUGCCAUCUUGUCGCCGGAUGAACUCGCCCACGAGAAAGCCUUGCUGGAGUUCCUCCCGACAGCAUUCCCCUUGCUGGAACAGCUUGAGCUCUGCAGACGAUGGGAUGCUAUGGCAAUUUCGCUUGAAGGGCGUUGGGACCCCGUCCCCAUCGCAAAAAGACUGGUGUCGCAGUUCAAAAAUCUGCGGCUGUUUAAUUUCGACCCACAUCCCCCCGAGCGCGUCGGAUGGCCACCCGCGCUGCAUCCGACGAGUGAGUUCCGCGAGUUUGUAGGCCGUUUACAUGCGAUGGCAGAGGAGAUUGUGAAUGCGGCGCCGUGGAUCUGGGAAAUUGGCAUAUUUCGCGAAUAUGGCUUGGACCCGGAGUUGUACUGGGAGUGGUGGAAUGUUGUGCCUGGUCCGGACGGAAAGGUGGGGUUGGAUCGUCCGCCGCCACCAAUCAACGACUCGAUAUUUUAUCCUUAG